AAAAAUUCCCCACACCAGCUCAAUUACCUGACACGUGGAUCUUGGGAAGUGACCAAACUUGUUGGUUUUGAUGAGGAAACACAGAGAGUCUUUUUCAUGAGCCCCCAGAAUGACCCUCGGAGAAUGCAUAUGUACAGUGUUUCUACUCAUGGCAAUGAUUUAAAGUGUGAAACCUGCAACUUCCAUGAAAAAUGUCAGUACACUCAAGUCACCAUGGCAACAACCGGUGACUUCUAUGUCCUUGAAUGCCUGGGCCCAGGGAUACCGGUUUAUUCACUGAUGACCAAAGAUGGAAUAGAGGUGGAGAGGUUAGAAAACAACAGUGCGUUUGCAGAGAAAAUUGCAAAGAAAGCUUUGCCGUGGAUCAAGUAUGAGCAGAUUUCACUGCUUAAUGGAGAAAAGUUGUGGGCGAAAAUGCUGCUGCCGCCUGUGCUAAAAGUUGAAGAGAUUUUGACCUACCCACUUGUACUUCAUGUGUAUGGUGGUCCUGGGACACAAAUGGUCACGGAAAAGUAUGCCAUUGAUUGGCACACGUACAUGACUAGCUCCAGGGAAGUUAUUUACGCAUUUGUUGAUGGAAGAGGGUCCAGUGGAAGAGGAGACAAGUUUUUGCAUUCCAUUUAUAAAAACCUUGGAACAUUAGAAGUGGAUGACUCACUUAAGGCUGCAGA